AUGGGUAGUGACGUGUACGGUGAUGACGUGGCUGCUGCUGACGUGACAGAGACUAAUGAUGCGUCAGCAGAAAAUGGUGAUGACGAGGAUGAUGAUGCGCUGUUCUAUGAUGCGGAUGCUGACGUGGAUGACAGUGAUCAGGAUGGUAAUGAUUGUGCUGGCUGUGGUGAUGGUGCUGAUGGUGCUGGCGGUGGUGAUGGUGCUGGCUGUGGUGAUGGUGCUGGCGGUGGUGAUGGUGGUGAUGCUGAUAUUUACCAGAGAGGGGGGCGUGUGCGCGAGCGCGAGAGUGCCCGCCUGCUGUGGUUCCGUGGCCGUUUCUGCAUGGGGAGGAGGAUGUGA